UAAUCGAUUACAUUUCCAAGCAAAUGUAUAAACAAAACAUUUAAAUUCAAAUUUUAAAUUUUAAAUAACUUUGCUUGCUGUAAUCAACAACCAUUAUGGACAUCUUCGAGAGCUUCUGCCGAACGUGCGGGAAUGAGUGCCUGGAAUCGCUGUCCAUCUACAAGGAAAGUGCCCAAGCGCUGGACAAGAUGGUGCCCAUUUCCGAUAUGCUGGCGGCCUGUCUGCCCGCCUCCUUGCCGCCACUGAAUCCAGAAGAUGACUAUCCCAAGCAGAUUUGCCGCAUCUGCGUGAAGAAGCUAUCCAUGGCCUUCGAGUUCAGCCACCAGUGGCUGGGCGCCCACAGCGAGUUCAACGUGGCCCUGAAGUUCGAGCAGCGCAGAAGGCGCAGCCAGGCCAGCAAAUCCCAGUCCCAGUCCCAGACCCAGGGCCAAGCCCCAACCCACCCGGCGGAGCCCAAGAAUGAGCAACUGCCCACGGAGCCGGCGGAUGCAGUGACGCCUAAAAUCCAAUCGGAAAGGGAAAUUGCUCCUUCCACCGUUGAGGCCAAGUCCAGCACCGAUUCCAGACCGGGCUUCAAGUGCGGCAUCUGCAACGAAUGCUUUUACACGGAGAAGGCCUGCAAAUUUCACUUUAAGUUUUCGCACAAGGAUCUUUAGAGAUCUGUUGUAUUUUAACAUCUUUUAAACUGUCUAUGUCAUUAGCUACACAACUCGCCGAUAUUUUGUUCCUUUUAAGUUGUAAAGUAUGUUGGUUUAAAUUAAGGAAAUAUAGUAGCUUAACUACUA